GUCACGGGCGCGGCGAUGGCGGCGCUGGGCCGCGUGUGGGGGCCGGCGCUGCUGCGGCCCCGCGGGGCGGGCGCGGCGGGGCGGCGCGGGGUGCGGGCGCUCCGCAGGAGCCCCGUGCGGGUCCUGCCGCCGGCAAAGAAGAAGGCGGGAGCAGCCCCGGCCGAGGCAGCGCCGGGACCCCGCCGGGAGGGGCCCCCGCCGCCCGCGGUGGAGCGGAGCGCCGCCGCGCCGGGGCUGUGGUACGAGAAGGCGGCGCCCGGGGACCGCAGGCUGGGAAAAGUGGUGACUAUCGCCAAGUCGAAGAAGUUUCGGGAUAAUCACGGGAAGGUCCUGCUGGAGGGUCACAGGCUGAUCAGGGAUGCACUGGAGGCAGGAGCUGUGCCGCAGACACUCUUCUUCAGCACUGUGGGGCACCUGAAGGAGCUGCCUGAGGCGGAGAUAAAACGAGCCAGCUUGAUUAAGGUGAAAUUUGAAGACAUUAAGAUCUGGUCUGACCUCGUAACUCCUCAGGGGCUUCUAGGCAUCUUUUCCAAGCCUGACCAUGCCAAGAUGUCUUACCCUGCUGCUCAGCUCACCAACUCCUUGCCAUUGCUCCUCAUCUGUGACAAUAUCCGAGAUCCGGGAAACCUGGGCACUAUUCUGAGAUCCGCAGCAGGAGCAGGCUGUGAGAAAGUGCUGAUCACCAAAGGCUGUGUGGAUCCGUGGGAGCCAAAGGUGCUCCGUGCAGGCAUGGGGGCUCACUUCCGACUGCCCAUCGUCGCCAACCUGGAGUGGGAAUCUGUUCCCAGCAACCUUCCUGCUGGCACCCAGGUGUGCGUGGCUGACAACAAAGACCCAGGCGCUCCGGCCAAGACCACAUCCGUGCCAAGGGGGGCUGGCAGGGCUGGCUCUGCUCCUGGCAACACAAAAGCUCCUGUGAAAUCCAGACCCGAGGCUGCUCCUGACCACGAGGAUGAGGAAGAGGCAGCAGCAGAUAUCCCAGAGCUGGCCACGCAGUGUUACUAUGAGGACUGGGCACGGACUCCGGUGGCCGUGGUGAUCGGCGGGGAGACCCACGGCCUGAGUGCGGACGCGCUGCACCUCGCAGCCAGCACGGGGGGGAAGAGACUGGUCAUUCCCGUGGUGCCCGGCGUGGACAGCCUGAAUGCUGCUAUUGCUGCUGCCAUCGUGCUGUUUGAGGGGAAGAGGCAGCUGCUGCGGAGGCACAAGGAGGAUGACAGGCAGAAGGUCCCUGUAGCAGGCUGAACUGCUGCAUGUUGGGUGCUUAAGGAGCACCUCUCUUCCCUUUGGUUCCCUCAGAGUUAAUAAAAGAGCAGCUCGGGCUGUUUGUUUGCAGUAAA